AUGCAGGUUAUUGCAUAUAUAUAUAUAUAUAUAUAUAUAUACAUAUAUAUAGCGUUAAUAUUAAAAAAGUUAUUAACAAUUUACUAUUGUCAUGAGAUGCAUACAUUUUCUAUCGGCUGGAAGCACGGUUUUUACCUUUAUUUAGUUAACCCCCUUAUUAAAUAUAUAAGUAUAUAUUUUAAUACGUUAUAUAAAAGCGUUCCCUUCCGGUUAUAUAAAAACGUUUACUUUAUAUUUAUAUUAUGUUUAUAUAAUGUUUAA